AAAGAAAAAAUGCAGGGAUCAUUGAAGGAACAACUUGCUUCAUUAGCACCGUUGUUGGAAGAUCUGAGAGCAGAAAAAGAGGAACGGGUCAAGCAGUUUGCUGAUAUACAAUCACAGAUUGAGAAGAUCAGUGCUGAACUAACAGAACACAAUCAUCAGAAUGACACUGUGACCAGCCGUGUUGCUAUUGAAGAGCAUGAUUUGUCAAUGAGGAAGCUUGAUGAAUACCAAGCAAGGCUUCGUGCUCUCCAAAAGGAGAAGUCUGGUCACCUUCAUAAUGUUCUGGAAUAUAUAAAUGAAGUGCAUUCUUUAUGUGGUGUGCUUGGACUGGACUUUAGAAAGACAGUGGAUGAAGUGCAUCCCAGCUUGCAUGAGACUGGUUCAGGGCAGUCCACGAACAUUAGUUAUAACACAUUGGAAGGUCUAGCCCAAGCUGUCUUGAAGUUAAAAGCAGAAAAGAAAGUUCGAAUCCAAAAGCUAAGGGAAAUUGUGGAAUCACUAUUUGAACUUUGGAACUUGAUGGAUUCAUCUGAACAAGAAAGGAAAUGCUUUGGAAGACUAACUUGCAUCAUUCGAUCACCAGAACAGGACAUUACAUAUCCUAGUUUGCUUUCCCUAGAAACAAUUGAACAGACGGAAGCUGAAGUAGAAAGGCUGAAAAAACUAAAAGCCAGCAGAAUGAAAGAACUCAUUCUAAAGAGAAGGUCGGAACUAGAAGAGAUAUGCAGAAGAACACACAUUGAGCCUGACAUGAGCACAGCACCUGAGAAAACUAAUGCAUUGAUAGACUCAGGUCUGGUAGAUCCUUCCGAACUUCUGGCCGAUAUUGGGGCACAAAUACUGAAGGCAAAAGAAGAAUCUAUGAGCAGGAAAGAGAUAAUGGAUAGGAUAAGCAAAUGGCUUGCUGCUUGUGAUGAAGAAAAUUGGCUUGAAGAAUACAACCAAGACCAAAACAGGUACAGCACUAGAAGAGGUGCUCAUUUAAAUCUAAAACGGGCAGAGAAGGCACGGAUCACUGUGAGCAAAAUUCCAGACAUUGUGGAUAAUCUGAUAAACAGAACUUUCACCUGGGAGGAUGAGAGGAAUAUGCCAUUCAUGUACGAUGGGGUUCGUUUAGUACCUAUUCUAGAGGAGUAUAAGCUUACUCUACAGCAGAAAGAAGAUGAAAAAAGACGAUAUCAGGAUCAGAAAAAGCUACAAAAUAUGCUUCUUGCAGAGAAUGAAGCAUUGUUUGGAUCCAAACCAAGCCCGAAACGGAGUAUCAGUUUUAACAGAAAGCCAAAUGUGUAUCGUGCAAAUGGAAAUGGGAAUGUAUUCAUGCCCCCCACUCCACGGCAGCUUUCUGUUGGUAAUGCCACCCCUGAACUCCUUACACCACGCACAUAUUCUGGUCAUCACCAUGGAUACUUUAAGGAGAUGAGACGGUUGUCAACCACACCAUUGAACUUUGUUGCUAUGUCAAAGGAGGAUACCAUGUCAUCCUUCACUUCUAUCAGUGGGUCAGAACCAGAAUCUCCACAAGAAGUCUAAAUGGAUACAGGAGAAAAUCUUAUUAUGGAUUCAAUAGUGGAACAAAAACAUAACUGGAAUGAGGAGGUGCAGGCAUCCUAAGUUGUUAGGAGGAAUGUAUACUAGAGUUUUACUAGUGUUUGUUAUCUUAGGACUUAGACUGGUGAGUGUUUACAAUUGAGAGAUAAUGCUUUAUAGGCUGAUAUUUAAGGUGUUGAUACAAAGACUAGGGUUGAAUUAAAGAUUAGUUCCUUGCCUGAUAAAAAACCAUGGUGAAACACUCUUGGGUGCUGGGUCUUCAUGUACAUAAAGCUUGGUGCUUGUGUGAACUACCUGUCUGUACCUUGUAGAGAUAGAUUUUCAAUGGGUAAUAUGUUUUCUGUUUGCA